ACAUCGCUAUACUUCUAGAACUUGCAAAACGUAAGGCUGGUAAAACAAAAAAAUAAAAUUGCAUUGCAAAAAUGGUUGACUACAGCAAGUGGAAAAAUAUUGAGAUUUCCGACGAUGAGGACGAAACACACCCAAAUAUAGACACGCCUUCGCUUUUCCGCUGGCGGCAUCAGGCUCGAGUCGAGCGAAUGGCCGAAGCGGAGAAGGAAAAGGAAGAGUUGAAGAAAAAAAGACAAAGCUUCCAGGCGCGUCUAAUGGAUGUGAAGGAGCGCAUCAGCAAAAAGGAGGGUGACGAGGCAGCUCUUAAGCUUGAAUUAGAGAAAAUCGAAAAUGAGGGCAAGGCGCUCGAUCGUGAGGAGAACGAGCUGCUGAAGAAAGAGAAAAAAAUGCCAUGGAAUGUGGAUACAAUAAGCAAACCAGGUUUCGAAAAGACGGUGAUCAAUACGAAGCCUGCACGCUCUGCAGAUGAAAACCUGACCGAGGAGGAGCGCGAGCAGCGCAUGAAACAGUUCGUCAAAAAGAAUGAGCAACUGUGCAAGCAGUACGGUAUGCUGCGCAAAUACGACGAUUCCAAGCGCUUCCUGCAGCAGCAUGUGGAGCUUGUGUGCGAGGAGACAGCAAACUAUUUGGUCAUUUGGUCGAUCAAUCUGGAAAUGGAGAAAAAGCAUGAUCUGAUGGCUCAUGUGGCGCAUCAGUGCAUCUGCAUGCAAUAUAUAUUGGAGUUGGCUAAACAGCUUGACCGCGAUCCGCGCGCUUGCUUCAGCUCGUUCUUUUCCAAAAUCCAACAAUGUGAUCCUGAGUACCGUGCUCAGUUCGAAAGUGAAAUUGAGGGCUUUAAGGAACGCAUUCAAAAGCGAGCACAGGAGAAGUUGCAGGAGAUCAUUGCCGAGGUAGAAGAGGAAGAGAAACGUGAACGCCUGGGACCAGGCGGUCUAGAUCCUGCCGAUGUCUUUGAAUCCCUGCCAGAUGAGCUCAAAGCUUGUUUCGAGUCACGCGACGUUGAGCAACUGCAGAAGAUUAUUGCCACCAUGCCGGUGGAGGAAGCUAAGUAUCAUAUGAAACGUUGCGUGGAUUCUGGUCUCUGGGUACCAAAUGCUGCCGACGCGACUCAGGAGGACGAUGAAACAGAAGCAAAGGCCGACAAUGCGGCCGACACUGCAAAACCAAAAGCAACAGAGGAUGCAACAGAGAAGGAUAAGUCCAAAUCUGGCAAGGAGGAGCCGAUAUAUUCUGGCGUCAGCACCAAUGACCUCGACUGAUCCGUUCCAUCAGCGCUCUUGUUGAUUGUUUACACUAUAAGUUUAAUUUUAAUAUAAAUCUGCCUCCCCCCACUAUAAGUUGAUCAAGUUCAGUUUGUAUAUACAUUGAGAAACGAUACCUCAAAUCAAAUUCUCAGUAAACUGUGCGUGCAUUUUCAAAUAAUAACCAAGCUAUCCACUAACAUAAACUCA